ACAUCAGACCGGCCAGCUUCCACCCCAGAAAAUGGAGGGAAAACGAGAGAAAAUGGCGGGAAACGCCCCCUUCCGCCAGUAGCACCGCCCACGCCGAGCAGCGCCUGCCUCCGACGAAUCCGUCCAUGGGCAAACGCGAGGGCUCCUCCCGCCGCGCGGCAGGUGUAGAACCGUGCGCCUCCUCCGACUCCAGCCCCGGUGCCAGUGCCACCACCAGCACGAGGAAGCGGAAGGCCCCGGCGGCCGCUCGGAAUCGGGGGCGCCGGAGGACACAGGACUACAGCACCAAUCGCAUCCCCGUGUACUACGGCCAUAUGGAGAACGUGCUAGAUCGUUAUAAUCUAAGGGGAAAUGCUCUGGACGGACGAGCCCACAUAGUCGCCGAGCUGCCGCAACCCCGGCCGAUGUCAUUGGCCGAUCUGCGGCUCUGGAUCUUGAAGCUGUUCCGGCUCCAUCCAGAAACGCAGGAUCUCUUUAUCAUGGGCUUCUUCAGAGAGUACAGCACCAACAUUCUUUCGGAUAGCUUCGUCGACGUUUUUACAUACUCUGAGUCUGUGGAAGUGGAACCUAUUCACCUGGAAUCCCAUCUGGAGGGCAUGGAAUGGGACACCCGCUAUAUCUCCGGUGACAGAUGCUGGACCUCAUUUGCCAAUAAAAUGAAGAGAAAGAAUAUGGUUCAGGACUUCAGGCUGUACGUGGCCUGUCAUCAACUCCAGCACUACGAUGCUCUGCGGAAAGCAGCGUGUGACGAUGUGCUGCCGCCGAGGAUGGAAAAUCUGCCAACCGAUGACUCGCAUGGUAAUCCCUCCGGCCCCGUGCAAGGCCCCAAAUUGACGCCUGAGGAAUUUUCAGUGUAUCUUGAUGGCUGGUACAACAAAAACAUCAGUCUCCCUGAGGCGUGGAGGGCGAAACAGGAGGCUUUGGAGAAGAAGUUUGGUACUUUUUAUAGUUCAUACAACUCGGUCCCGAGGUUACUUCAGGAGAUAGAAUGCAUCCCUGGUGGUUUCGUUGACAUCCAGGAUUCAGAGGUUGCAGGCUGCGAGGAUUUUCGAGUCCUCCACCAUAUAUUCUGGGCAUUUGGACAUUGCAUACGAGCCUUCCGUUACUGUCGUCCUGUGCUCUGUGUUAAGGGCGCACCGUUAUGUGGGAAGUACCAAGGGGUGCUGUUGACUGCCCUUGCAUUAGAUGCUAAUGAUUGCCUUGUUCCAGUAGCAUUUGCUGUUGCCGAGAGCGAGACGAAAGAAAGCUGGCUUUGGUUCCUAAGGAAUGUGAAGCAAGCAGUUGUGAAGGAGCGCUCUGGUGUCUGCAUUAUACAUGACUGCAAAGCAGAGUUGGUUGAUGCUGUAGAUGGUAUUCAGAAUGACCCUGAAGAACCGCAUCCAUGGAGAGAUGUAAAGAGCCGGUGGUGUAUGCAACACCUUGCACACACAUAGCCAUGUAUUGAAGGGGAUACUCUGCCUUCCGCUCGGCGCCAUUGUGGAGGUUACGUUCAAGCGCAUGGCUGAGUACUUCAACAACACAAGUGCCGCAGCAAAUGAAGCAAUCAAGAACCCAGCAAUAGAGUUCCCUCAACGUGUCCAGGAUGACAUGAAUUUGAAGAUGCAGAAGGCCCAUAAGCAUCAGGUGACGAUCUGCAUGAAUCCCAAGAACAAAAAUGUUAUAUUGGGGGGUGAUGUUGUGAAGUAUGAGGUUCAGACAGGGCAGAAGAGUGUAACCGUUCACCUGUAUUCAAAAUCUAACGGUAUCAUGAAAAAGUCUGGAGGAUGCACACUCAGAAAAAGUGCUGCAUGUUCAUGCAACAAGAUGCGGCUUCUCCGUAAGCCCUGCUCUCAUGUCAUGGCCGUCUGCUGUCAAAUUGGAGUUAGCACUUCUACAAACAUUUCUCCCUACUACAGCCUCCCCUAUCUAGGUAAUACCUGGAGAGGAAAGUUCGUUCUUCCUGAGAAUUUACGAAAGUACAGGGCAAUCAAUCAAUUUUGGUAUGAGAGUAGCUAUAAGAGUAAGAUGACAACUUGGAUCCCAGACAAAAAGUUGGAGUGUGGCCUCCCUGUUUUUCUAACAUCGGACAGUGCACAAACUGGCACAGAUGUGGAAGAGCAAGAGCAAAUCAUUGACAGUGGAGCAAUUCCAGACCAUCAAGGAACCAAAAAACACUGAAUCUAGUACAGCUUGAACUUACUAUGUUAUUUCAUCAACUUAAUCAUAGUUGUACCCUGAGCUUAAAUUAUCCUAGUUAAACUUGAACUUUUUAUUUAUGUGGCUUCUAUAUAUCAUGUCCUGCAAACUGAAUUAUCUUCAGGUAAUAUGUACUUUGACCAUAAAUUAUCCCUGUAGACCUUCCGGUGCAAGGCUGGAAAUCAAUUAUUAAUGUGCCUUCACUUGAAGCUUCACCA